ACAUGGUGGGGCCGGGCGGCGGGCAUGGAGUGUGUGUAGCCUAGCCUUGAGAUCCAUGUCUUGGUGCCAGUCGCAGACGUUUAAGACCUGGUGGUGGCGCGUGCUCACGAUAAUAGUCCUGGUGAUUGCCGUCAACGCCUUUAUCAGCUUCCUUCACGCCAGACUACACCCGUCCCACUGCACCCGGUCCACGGCCGUCCCUUUCCGCCUCCAGCUGGCGAAUCUGGAGCUGCUGACGGAGCCCAAGGCGCUCUACCUGAGUGUGGACACCCCGCUCCUGCCGCUCUCAGACAAAGACCUUGUGCUCCGCUCGGCCUACGUCAAUCCUCGCCUGGAGACGUCUCAUGGACACGCCAACUCUACCAUCAUCCUCAUUGAGAUCAGGAGGAGCCUCAUCGAACAGGGAGCCAUCGAGAGAUGUGGGGUCGGUCCAUACUCUAGCACACAGUUUGAGGUGGUUUCAAUAGAAGACAAGAACUGCAGUUCAAAGACGUUCCAACACACUGUGGGACUCCUCUACUGCUACGACGUCCGAGCCGACCACCUGGACACGGCGUGGAUCAGCUACACCAAGCCGAUAUCCGGAGAGAAGGCAAUCUUCACGGCGAGAGCAGAGCAGCCGGUCAUACACAACUGGAAGACUAACGGUGCCGGGGAGGUAGUUGUGUGCGCUGCCAUGCUCCCCCACUACACCCCCUUCGUGGAGGACUGGCUCCGCUACCAGAAGACAGUCGGAGUGGACCACGUCCACCUGACUCUCGAAUCGCUCUUUCUCAACCAGGGAAAGUUCGACGAAGAGUUUCUUCAGACGUCUGUCGAGGACUUUUACCUGAGCGUGACGUUCUGGCACCGCUGGUUGAAUGACACUGACAUAUGCGACCAUUCCCUGGAUCUAGCACUGUUUGACUGUGUCCUCCGGUUCCAGCAGACCUACUCCAACAUACUGAUUGCGGACCCCCGGGAUUUUUUUAUUCCGUUAGAAUCUGACAGUCCCACCGCGACGCUUCCUUCUUUUCUCUCUCGUUGGUGCCCCGGUGACACACACUGUCAAUUUGAGCAGUGGAACAUGAUCUACAAGGACUGUAAGAGUGCCGGGGAAGAUGGAAAUGUAACUGCAGUUCGUCUCUGCAAAACGUGUUGGAAAAAGAAGUGGAUACCUGUCAGUGUACAAGUCUGCAUUACUGCCUUACAACAUCAACGAGCCUGGAUUGCCUCAAGUAGAUCCUGACAGUGCCGGCGUGAAGAAGAAGAGGGUGAAAGUGAAAGUCGUGCCGGCAGAGAAAGGGUACUUUGCUCGACUCUUGAAACAUGAAAAGUUUUCAAAUGUCAGAGUAUUACCCUAUGAUGAGCAUUGUUAGUAUUUAUUCAAUAACUCAUCUGUUCACUCAACUAAUAAACUUACAGAACGACCUUAUUUAGUCUGCUAAGACAACAAACCUACAUCAUGAACUAUAUAUAGGUAUUUUCACUAUCCAGCCUGGUUC